AUGCCCACGGGAGGCCCAAGAACCAUUCCACAGAUCCAAUUCGACUUCCAACGUGAACAUCCCAAGAAAAAGGCCGUACGAGAGCAACGUCGGUCUGCUGUGAGAAACGCGUUCUUGCAUUCAUGGGCGGGAUACAGAAGUCGGGCUUGGGGGCAGGAUGAGCUAGGGCCGAUAAACGGUGACGCACGAAAUCCGUUUGGUGGUUGGGGUGCCACGCUCGUGGAUAGUUUAGAUACCUUAUGGAUCAUGGGAUUGAGGAAAGAGUUUGAGGAGGCCGUCACUGCUGUUCGUGAUAUCGAUUUUUCAAAAUCGGAAAUUCCUAUAUUGAACGUCUUUGAAACCACUAUUCGUUAUCUUGGUGGCUUCCUGGCAGCCUACGACCUGUCCAAUGGCACGUACCCUGUGUUGCUUCAAAAAGCGGUCGAAGUGGCAGAUCUACUCUAUGUUGCGUUUGACACGCCAACUCGUAUGCCCGUCCUACGUUGGUUUUGGGAGGGGUCGAGGGAUAACCGGCCCCAGGACGCGAGCAAUGUCAACAUACUGGCAGAACUCGGCUCCCUUUCCGUGGAAUUUACGCGUUUGUCCCAAUUGACUGGAGAUCCAAAGUACUUUGAUGCCGUUCAGCGUAUUACCAAUGUGCUCCAAGAACACCAGAAUGGAACGAGACUUCCUGGUAUGUGGCCUCUUGGAAUAGAUGCCCUCACGCCGACAUUUACUUUCGAUAGGCGCUUUACCUUGGGCGCCAUGUCGGAUUCUCUUUAUGAAUAUCUCCCAAAGGAAUACAUGAUGUUAGGCGGCCAGAUGCCCCAAUAUAAGGAAAUGUACGAGGCCGCCAUGGAAGUCGCAAAGACGCACUUGUUCUUCCGCCCUCGGACUGCUACUGGGGAGGAUAUUCUAAUAUCCGGGACCGCAUUCGCGGCUAGCAAGUCGAUGAUCGACUUAAAGCCUGAAGGCCAGCACCUCACAUGCUUUUCGGGUGGAAUGGUAGCAAUAGCUUCUAAAAUCUUUAGUCUUCCUAAAGAUCUAGAGAUUGGCAGGAAACUUACUGAAGGUUGCGUCUGGGCUUACCGUAAUAUGCCUAGUGGCAUUAUGCCCGAAUUCUUCACCGCAGUUCCUUGUGAUCAGAAGCUGCACCCCAAAUGCACUUGGACCCCCCGUUUGUGGUUCCAUAGCGAAAAGGACGAGAAGCUAACUAGCGGGGAGCUCGCCAAGAAGGCCCGAGAGCAGGGAUUGAUACCUGGUUUUCUUAAAAUCGACAACAAGGAGUAUCACCUGAGGCCUGAGGCAAUUGAGUCCGUGUUUAUUUUGUACCGCAUUAGCGGGGACCAAAGCCUGCAAGACAAGGGUUGGGAGAUGUUCUCCGCCAUCGAGCGCCACACUCGAACGCAAAUCGCAUAUGGCGCUCUUGCAGAUGUCACGUCGCCAACACCCACGAUCAUGAACGAGAUGGAAUCGUUCUGGACAGGUGAAACUCUAAAAUACUUUUAUCUUCUCUACAGUGAGCCGGAUCUCGUUAGUUUAGAUGAGUAUGUUUUCAAUACGGAAGCCCACCCAUUAAAACGACCAAUGUAA